AUGGCAGUCAGACAGGGAGAGACGGAGACCCUUCGCAAUUAUAUUAAGAGAUUCAAUGAAGAAGUCCUAAAGAUACACAAUCUCAAGGACGAAACCAAGUUCGCAGCCCUCUUGGCAGGUCUUCAGCCAGAUGACUUCAAGUUUGAAUUGGUCAAGUCCGGGGUGUCCAACCUCGAGGAAGCAAUGGAGAAGGCCCAAAUGCACAUUCAAGCCACAGAUAUUUGUAAGAUCAAUUGGGGUGGUGAGAGUGGAACAAGGCAAAAACAAAAGCCAAGACCUAGCGGCACCCACGACCAAACUCAGCCCUCCCUCAAAAAGUCGGUUAUGGUUGAUGACCAUGGUGAGGAUCCGAGGUACAACCGCAAUAGGCGGGAGAUUUACCUUGAUCUCAAAGGAAAAGACAUCCUCCCUAAGCCACCUGCAAUCCGUACGCCCGAAGCAAAGCGAGACAAGUCACUUUGGUGUGAGUUUCACCACGAGUGCGGGCACACCACAAAGAACUGUAAGGAGCUGAAAAAAGCACUGGAUCACUUGGCUGACAAGGGCAAGCUGAAUAAUUACUUAAGGAAGAAUCCUCCCCCAAAAGCAAAAGCCAAAGAAAAUGAGUCCCUUAGUGAUGAUACGGGAGACUACAUUGGAGUGAUAGCCGGAGGCUUGGCAACAGGAGGGUCUGUGGGCAAGGCGAAGGAUAGCUUAUGGGCACUGGAACAUCAAGUCCUAAAAGUGGCAUCGGCUUCUCAAAUAGCCCCGGUGAUGACAUUUGGUGGGAACAAUAGCCAUCCAAUUCAAGAGUCCCAUGACAAUCCGCUGGUCAUCGAGAUGAAAGUCGCUAACUCAACGGUAGGGCGAGUGUUAGUGGAUAGUGGAUCAUCCGCCGACAUCAUUACUCUAAAGUGUCUAGAAGGGCUCAAGUAUUCCAAAGAUGAUCUGAAAACCAUCUCCCAUCCACUCACUGGAUUUGGAGGUCAAGCCGUCCAUCCUCAAGGCACCAUCAAGCUACCUGUCAGGUUGGGUCCUAAAAACAAGGGAAGACGGUUGUUGGUAGACUUUCUUGUCGUGGACAUCUCCCUACCAUACAACAUCAUCUUAGGCCGACCUCUACUAAGCAAAAUAAAAGCCGCAAUCUCUGUGUACCAACUUCUCAUGCAGUUUGAGUUGGAAGAUGGCUCCGUUUGA